UAAGAUAUGAUUGAUGGUCAUUUUAUCCAAUAGACAGUCAGUAUCUUACUUACGCAUUUGCAUGAAUAGCCCCGCCCACUCUCUAGUUUGAAAUAUCUGAUACAGGCCAACUCGUUAAGACGGGUAAUAACGCGGUCAUUUAAUAUGUGAAAUUGUUGUACGUUUGUAAACAUUAGGCUAGAAAAAUGUACGCAUUAUUUCGCUUAGACUUCCGCUAGCUCUGCUGGAGCUGCUGCUUGCGUUCUGUAUACAAAUACACCGGUAGUGACGUAAUCUGUUAGUGCGCGAGCAUCGAAAGGCACGUGACAUCAUUGCUUCUCUUUCCUCACCUAUACAUCAAGUAGGAGGCUAGUCAGAUAAUGGGUGAUCAGCAUCUCAAAGAUUUGAAUCCAGAAGGUGUAUCUGAUGCUGUCCGAUGCCUUAUCUGCCUUAACACAUUCAGCGGGCAGCCAGUGGCGAGUCCACAACACUGUGACCACUUCUACUGCCUCGCCUGCAUCACUGAAUGGGCCAAGAAUACAAAUUCCUGCCCUGUAGAUCGUCUGAAAUUUACUGUCCUCUACCAGAGAAGUUGUGCUGGAAAGGGUAUUCAAAAAAUAAUUACAGUGGAGCCGCAUGAUGGUCAGGGAUUAGAAGAGGAAGAAAGCUCUGAGGAGCUGAGUGUGUGUGAGGAGUGUGGCAGGAGUGACCGAAGACACGUGAUGCUCCUCUGCUCUGCCUGUGAUUCAAGGUUCCACAUAUCCUGUCUCAGUCCACCUUUGGCCACAGUACCAUUUGAGGAUUGGUUCUGCCAGGAAUGUGCCACUGAAGACAGUCAAACAAAAGACAUUUACUCUAGAGAAGAGAGCGAAAUAGCUGAGGCUGAAAUGAUGGAUCUGCUAUCUGAAGUCGUUCCAACAUCCAGUCGUCUCAGACCUUCCAGUACAGCCCAGCGUGCUGUUUCUGUCCACACCCGCAGGAGUGAGAGAGUUCAACAGCAAAGCAGCAGAACACAUACCACUCUGCCUCAGACAGUCCAGCAUGUGCCCAGAUACCUUUUGAAAUCAAGCUGGUCUAAUAGUGAAGAAGCCACGACAAGCAACCUUAUACUAAACACUCAGAAAGCAGACAAGAAGGUCACUUAUAAGAAACAAAGAAGAAGGAAAAUAGAUAUACCGGGUUCUGGGUGAAGGCACCAAACUUGUUUUUUUUUUGUUUGUUUGUUUUGUAAGGAGACUAAAAUAUUUUGUAUAUGGCCACAAGAUGGCAGCAGUGUACUUGCUAAAGGGGCAUUAACAUAGAUUGUUCAAUAAAUGCCUGGACUUGGAGAACUAGAACAUGUCAAUGUUUUCAGUCAACCACUGAAAGGUCUUUUUGUUUCAAUGACUGGAUUUGUGCUAAAAUCUUAUAUUAUUAUAAAAUUAUAUUGUUAUAAUCUUCAAGGUUACCAUAAGUCUAGUCACCUAGACCUAAUACUACAAGGCAAACCAAACUCUCUGGGUUUUUUGCAAAAAAAAAAAAAAAAAACCUUUCUUGUGCCGAGUACCAAUUUUGUAAACGCUCUAACUAUUUCCCCCUCGGUUCAUGCUGUUUGUCUUGGUUUUGUUUUGUACAUCACUGAGUGCAGGGUUGUUCUGCAGAUAAGUGAAUGUGUUAUAAAAUGUAAAGUACUACAAGGUCCGAACUUUUGGUGUGACGUAUAUAUAUCAUGUAUAGAAUAUAUAAUGUACAUUUCCCCUUGCUUAUUGUACUUAAGAGGCAUUAUACCUUCUAUAAGUUAUGAAAUAUGAAACUGAAACAUAUACUAUGAUGACUUUUGAAAAAAUGAAAGUAAAACUGACAAGGUCCUUGCUGCUUAAAGUCUGAGCUUGACUCAAGUCUGCGCUAACAAGCUUAAAGUCUGAGAGUGGGGAAAAACUAGAGUGAAAAAAAAUCAAAUCAUUAGUUUUAAAAAUUAUAAUAAUUAAAAUUUGGGAAAAUAAAGGGUUAAGAGGAUGUUCCGGUGCUGGAUGACGUCAGUAUGACGCUCCUGCCCUGAGGAGUAAUAAGGAAAUACUUCAUAUUUCGAAGAAAGGAAACUAGAAGGAACAGUCAAAGCCUGUGUAUUGGCUAAUCAUCAGCAUGCCUAUUUUUAAUGGCUGUUCCAACAGAAAACUGGAGGUAAACCUGGCAGGAAGGAGACUGAAAUUGCUUCCUUCAGAUCUGUUUCAGAAAGGCCAGGAUGUUGACAAGGCAGACCUGCAGAAGAACAGGCUUAAGGAAGUUACUAGAAUCUCUUGCUUGUCAAACUUGACAGAGCUCAAUCUGAGCCGGAAUGAGCUUGUUGAGUUUCCUAAGGAGAUUAGCGAGCUACAGCAGCUGGUCCGGCUGUACAUGAAUCAGAACAAUAUCAAGAGCAUACCUAAUAACAUAUUCCCAUCUCUGAAGAAACUGCAGUUUCUAAAGAUGAGCACAAACAAGCUUAGGCAAUUACCAUCAGACAUGAACAAGUGUGAAAACCUCAUCUAUCUAAACCUGUCCAACAACCGCCUGAGGGACGUGCAGCCUCUGGUGGGUCUUGGUCGACUAAAUGAGCUCUAUGUGGAGAACAACCGGCUGAUAGAACUUCCACAAGCUCUCUUUCAGACACAGAACUUGGAAAAAUUCAAAGCAAACAGCAACCCACUUAGAAAGCCUCCUGAAACGAUUUGUGUAGGUGGUUUGAAGGAUAUUCAAAACUACUUUGAGAUGUUAGAAGUAAGUUCAUUCACUAUCCGUACCAUUAAAACAAUGUUCCUGGGGUCCUCCAUGGCUGGAAAAUCCACUGUGUGUCGUAGUCUGAGGCAUGGUUGCCCUGUAGAGGUGGCUGAAGAUGAUCGCACUGUGGGUAUCGAAAUCCAACAAUUCCUCAAUACAGAUGGAGUUCGCUUCCUUUUUUGGGACUUUGCAGGACAAGAGGAAUACUACUUCACUCACCACGUCUUCAUAACGCCCCAGGCCUUUGUCAUUCUUGCUGUUGAUCUUUCCAAGUAUGAUGCUGAGUGUUUCAGAGAGAAAGUGGGCUUUUGGAUAAACAAUAUACAGCUCAAGGUCCCAAAUGCAGUGGUCUUGUUAUUGGGCACUCAUGUUGACUGCUGCUCUGAUGAGAUGGAGGUGCAUGACAAGAAGAGAGACAUUGAGGAGCGGGUGAACCAGAUGUUGUUUGAGCGAAAAGAGAGCUUAGAGCAGCAAAGAAAGAACCUUGAGGAAUUAGAGGACCCUUCUCUAUUCUAUGAACAGAUGUGUGUUAUUGAGCGACUUGAAGAAUACAAAUUGCAGGUCCUUGACCUUAUAGCCAUUGACUGCAAAAAACCUGAAGACAUUAACAGGUUACUACACUAUAUCAAUGGAGUGGUCUUAGAUACAGACAAAUUUCCUUUCCUGGAGCAAACACUACCACAAUGCUACAAGGAUGUGGAAAAUGCUAUUCAGGACCACUUGGAUAGUGGCAAUAUUCCUCAACAUGGAAUAGUGACUCAAAGGGAAAUCCUGGCCCACUUAAUUAUUAGUCAUAAUGAGUUGGACCUUGAUAAGCUGAGAAUUAUUCUGCAGUACCUGCACAGAACUGGAAUUAUUAUGUGGUACUGGGACAUCCCAGACUUGAUGGACAUGGUGUUUGUUAAACCAUCAUUCCUUAUCUCAUUGUUCAAGGCCAUUGUUAGACAUGAUUUGGUCAGUAUGCUGAAAGAGAUUUCCAGGAGAGAUCUGAAGAGGGUGAACUCACUCGAGAAGCACAGAGACGCAUGGAUUGAGGACUUCACAAACAAAGCUACUCUGAGUAAUGUGGCCAUCAGAAUCUUGGUGCAUGCAGAACUCAAGCGGUCAGGUGUUGAUGACGAAGAGCUGAUUGACGAGAUAGUUGGGACCAAGAAGAAAGCUGGGAAUCUUAUCAGGCUGCUGCAGCACUUUGAUGUUUGUCUACCAACUAAAGAAAGUGCUCAACUCAACCCUAGAGCCCCAGAGUUUUGUCCAAACAGAAAAUGGCAGCCAUCAAGCCCUGAUGUGUGUGAACCAAAAGGAGCCUGUCUAUUCCCGAGUUUCCUUCAGAGAGACAAUCUGGACGUAAUGCAGAUGUGGGGACAGGACAACCUGGAAGACAUCACUGUCCAAGUUUACUUUCUCCCUGAGAUACCUCAUGGAUUCUUCCAUAGGCUGGUCAUCAGGAUAUGCUCGAUUUACUUCACCUUCUGGAUCGGCAAAGAGCAGUGUCUUUACACCAGUGGAAACAGACGUCUCCUGGUCAGAGAGCACACCGGGAAAGGAGAUCAGUUCAUUGAGAUCCGGGGCAAACACAGCGAUAUGUCCACCGCAGCAGAUAUCCUAAAGGCAUGGGACAUGAUAAAGGUGAUAAUGAUGCAGCUGGCUCAGCUCACGCAGCAGUGGAGAGGCCUGUGUCAGUACGUGCACAGCCCUUGCAAACACAAAGGCUGCAAAGCUUACUUUGAGUGGGCAGACUGGCAAGACUGGAUUGUUCCUGAUGCAUGUGAACAAUUUAACAUGGAUCCAGAGGACAAAAUGACUUGUCGUAAUGGACACACUCGCAGAACUGAACUGCUGUUUCCUGCUAGAAGCUAUGCAGAUCUGAAGAACUGACACCUGAGAAAUGGCACCUGCCUCGAACCCGACUGUUGUCACUCACUUCUGGAAAAAAUAUAAUAAGAUUGCCUUCAUUGUACUUAUUAUUAUUAUUAUUAUAUACCAUAGAAUUCAUGAGAAUGUUAUUGUUAUAGGGAAACAAAUGUAACUUGUGUGGUUGUUCCUCUGUAGGAUUGAAGGAGCCUUUAAAUAUUUGUUAAGAGAAUACCCAGUCCAGUAGAGGGUGCUGUUUGCUUUAUUAUAGUCUUGGGUCUUCAUAUUACAUACCUCCUUUUGGAAGUGUGUCUACUUAUAUUUAUUUAAUAAAGAAAAAGAAUAAUUCAA